AUCCAAUCCAGCAAUCAUAUAACCUACAAACGAAUUGAACGACUACUACCAUGCCCCCGAAACCACCAUAACAUACCCCAAUAACACAAAAGAAAACAAAAACAAAAAUAAUCUACAAAAUGGACCGCUUCCUCCGCCAUACCCUAAAGCGCAGCACCCCGGGCCACAUCUUCCGCUUCGGCCUCAACAGCCUGGGAGUAUUCUGCGCAUGCACACUAAUCUGGGAACACCUGAUCACGGUACAACUGAGCGAAGGGCCCUCGAUGUACCCGACCUUCAGUCCGCGGGGCGACUACCUUCUCAUAUCGCGAGUGCACAAGCACGGGCGCGGAAUCCAGGUCGGGGACGUGGUGCGGUUCUAUCAUCCGACGUUUUUGGGGGUCAAUGGGGCGAAGAGGGUUAUUGGGUUGCCGGGGGAUUUUGUGUGUAGGGAUUUGCCGUUUAGUAGGGAGGUUGGUGGGGAGGGGGAGAUGAUUAGAGUUCCUGAAGGUCAUGUCUAUCUUGCUGGGGAUAAUUUGCCGUGGUCGAGGGAUUCCAGAAAUUAUGGACCUAUACCGAUGGCGCUUAUUAAUGGGAAGAUUAUCGCAAGGGUGUGGCCGUUGAAUAAAAUUGAGUGGGUGAAGAAUACGUUGGAGGAGGCGGAUUUAUCGGAAUAAUUGUUUAUAUUAUGUUGUGUCGGAUGGAUGAUAGAUGGAUACCCUUUAGGUAUACGUCAUGGGAGUCUGGAGUUGGUGGAAUUUGUGCAUAUUCAUACAUCUUCUCUUGUACAAUACAGAAUCUAGAGCCAAAAAAGUUGAACAGAAAAGGAAAAAGAGGCUGGCUGGUUUACCGGAAUGUGGACGGGUUUCUUCUCUUGUAAGGAAGAGGCUCGACCCGCUUCCUCCGGAGCUCCAUGUUCGCCUCGGGGAAGCCAAUCUGCUUCAUCACCUCAUAUGUCGUCUCGUCCCAUUGCGUGCGGAAC